AUGAAGACUGAAGAAGGUGAUCUGUCUCAAUUUUACUACGUUCCGGAUGACAUUUUUGCUCCGGGAAAUGUAAAAGUAUCCGACAUUGCUGAUGAAUUUGAUCCGGAGAAGAAGUAUCCAUCAGUUGUGGAUAGAUUCUUCACGAGAUACUACUACAUUCGACCAGAUAGGCAGGAUGAGGAUCAUAUGGUUCUCCUGCACAGUAAUCGCAUUUGCCUAAUGUGCCUAGCUCCUGGGCAUGUGGCCUUUGAGAAGGGAAUUACAUCCGUAACGUAUGACAUUGGGAACUACGACAGGAGUAAGAAUGCAGUGUCCGGGAAGAGGAAGAAGGGCGGGAUGCACCUUCAACCAGGAACUGCCCUUGCUCUGGUUACAUGUUCCGAUGGGUCGGAGUACAAAGUGGUCAGUGGUAUCACGGGGAAGCUAAUUGAGGUUAAUCAGCGCAUUGUGGAUGAUCCAUCGAGGAUGGGAAGUGAAGGGGAAGGCUAUGUGGCCAUUGUUCUGUCCAAAAUUGAGAAAAUUGAGGGCAUAAAGACUUCCCUACUCACAGAGGAGCAGUACCGGAAGAUAAAAAAUGUUAAAUAAAGAGUUUUGUAGACAAA